GUGUUGCGUAACCGUGAAAGGAAAGCAUGAGAAGCAGCAUAUGCCACUUCGCUGUCUGGAGAUUUUUUUAAUGCAGGACUGUCUAGUUAAAAAUAUUGAGGGUAUUUUAUUAUAUUGUAGGUUUUUAUUAAUGUAAUGAUAAUUGGAAAUACUCUGUGCAGUGGAGAAAUCGUGUUAAGUUAUUUGGUAGUUCUUUUGGUACAAGGCGUUUAGUACUAUAGCCAUGGUGAAUUUAGAAAAACUUUGUCUCACCAGACAGGAAAAUAAUCCAUAUUCUCCUGUUCAGAGUCUACCUGAUGAUUUAAAGGAUGAUUACCUAUGCACUGAGUUUGAGGAAGGAUGUGGGACCAGAGCAGCAGCUUUUCACUGCCAUAACAGCAGAGCAGCCUGGGCCCAAAACGAGGAGAAAUCGGGUGCUUGGAGGAAGCUGUUAAUCACAUCCAUUUUGUGUUUGGUCUUUAUGAUUGGAGAAGUAAUUGGUGGUUAUGCUGCCCACAGUCUUGCUGUAAUGACUGAUGCUGCUCAUCUUCUCACCGACUUUGGCAGCAUCCUGAUCAGCCUCUUCUCCCUGUGGAUCUCCUCAAGACCUGCUUCCAAAACCAUGACAUAUGGGUGGCAUCGAUCAGAGGUUCUGGGCGGUCUUUUGUCUGUGCUGUCCAUUUGGGCUGUGACUGCUGUGCUGGUAUUCAUUGCCAUUCAGAGGAUCCUCCAAAAUGACUACGAGAUUCACAGCGGUGCCAUGCUCAUCACCUCGGGUUGUGCUGUCAUAGUUAACAUCUUAAUGGCCCUAAUUCUCCAUCAGUCUCCAGCACAUCAUGGUCACAGCCAUGGUCACAGUAACACCAGCGUGAGGGCUGCUUUCAUCCAUGUGGUGGGAGAUUUGCUGCAGAGCCUGGGUGUUGCGCUAGCUGCCACAAUCAUCUACUUUUGGCCUGAAUGGAAAAUGGCGGAUCCUGUUUGUACUUUUUUAUUUUCCAUACUUAUUCUCGCUACAACAUCCACAAUUCUGAAAGACAUCUUCAAAGUACUCAUGGAAGGAACACCACAUGGAAUAGACUUUGAUUUUGUGAAAGAAGCUCUGCUCUCAGUCAGAGGCGUCAAAUCUAUACACAGUCUCCAUCUCUGGGCGCUGACCAUGAGCCAACCUCAGAUAUCUGUCCACACAGUGAUUGAUGAGCAGACCAGUCCACAGACUGUCCUCUUGGAUCUGACAGAGAUGCUCCAGUCUGAUUUUAACUUCCACAACAUCACCAUUCAAAUAGAGACAUACUCAAAUAAUGCAGCUCACUGUAGAGAGUGCCAGGACCCCAUUGACUGAACUACUGAAGUUGAAGGACAGACAGGACAUCUACAUUUCAACAAUGAAGCUCCAACAUUGUGUUUGUAUGAACUGUAUAACUUAACUUAAACGAUGCAAAACAUGGUGUUCAGAGCAGUUACCUUUCAGAGCUUGAUUUUCAGUGCACCCGCUUUCUCUGCUAAUUGUCAGUUUAGACUAAUUUACACCAAUAAA